AGUGUUUUUAAUUUCUGGUGUUGCGACAUUGACCUUUUCUUGCUUUCAGAAACCAGAUGUCUUGACCACCGGUGCUGGGAACCCCAUAGGGGAUAAGCUAAAUAUUCUGACGGUGGGGCCACGUGGACCUCUUCUUGUUCAAGAUGUUGUUUUCACUGAUGAGAUGGCUCAUUUUGACAGAGAGAGGAUUCCUGAAAGAGUUGUGCAUGCAAAAGGGGCAGGAGCCUUUGGCUAUUUUGAAGUGACUCAUGAUAUCACCCAGUAUUGUAGGGCAAAAGUGUUUGAAAGCGUUGGAAAAAGAACUCCAAUUGCCAUACGGUUCUCCACUGUUGCUGGAGAAUCUGGAUCAGCUGACACAGUUCGUGACCCUCGAGGCUUUGCAAUGAAAUUCUACACGGAAGAGGGUAAUUGGGAUCUUGUGGGAAAUAAUACUCCCAUCUUCUUUAUCCGGGAUGCGAUGUUGUUUCCAUCCUUCAUCCAUAGCCAAAAGAGGAACCCUCAGACUCACUUGAAGGAUCCAGACAUGGUGUGGGACUUCUGGAGCCUUCGCCCGGAGUCUUUGCAUCAAGUGUCUUUCUUAUUCAGUGAUCGUGGUAUUCCUGAUGGUUUUCGCCAUAUGAAUGGAUAUGGGUCACAUACUUUUAAACUGGUUAAUGCUAAUGGAAGAGCAGUUUACUGCAAGUUCCACGUGAAGACUGACCAGGGCAUCAAAAAUCUUUCAGUUGAAGAAGCAGGAAAACUGGCUUCUACUGAUCCUGAUUACGCGAUACGUGAUCUUUACAACGCCAUUGCCAAGGGGGACUACCCAUCGUGGUCUUUCUAUAUUCAAGUUAUGACAUUUGAAGAAGCAGAGAAGUUUCCAUUUAAUCCUUUUGAUUUAACCAAG